AUGGCCACAAUGCGCGCGAUCGCUAUCGAAGGCGGUAAAGGCCCUGCUGCAGCGAUGUAUAUUAGCGACAUCUGUAAGCCAGUUCCGGCACCGGGCGAAGCGCUCGUGAAGAUUCGUGCCUUCGGCCUAAAUCGCAUGGAUUUACUCCAGCGCGAGGGGCUAUAUCCAGUAUUACCACCUCAGGCACCGAAAACCAUGGGUGUGGAGUUUAGCGGUGUUAUUGAGGAAUUUGGCGAUGAGGAUGCUAGUAAGGUGGCUAGAUUCAAGAGUGGAGAUGAGGUGUUCGGAUUAGCAUAUGGCGGCGCCUAUGCCGAGUAUAUCGUGGUCUCGACGAGAAUGCUAAUCCAUAAGCCAAAGGAGCUUUCAUGGGAGCAGGCGGCUGGUAUACCAGAGACCUGGAUCACAGCGUCGCAAGCACUCUUCUUCAUUGGCGAGUUCAGACAAGGCCAAUCUAUCCUAUGGCAUGCUGGCGCCUCCUCGGUCUCUAUUGCUGGUAUUCAACUAGCUAAAGCUGAAGGUGCUUCUGCAAUUUAUGCUACAGCAGGUUCGCCAGAGAAAGUCCAAUUCCUCGAAGAAGAGCUCGGUGUAACGAAGGCCUUUAACUACAAGACAGAGAACUGGGCAGCCAGACUUCAAGAGCUCACUAGUGGUGUUGAUCUGAUCGUCGAUUUUAUUGGAGCACCCUAUUUUCAGGGUAAUCUAGAUACUGCGGCAAAGAAUGGGCGCAUCGUGCUUUUAGGCCUCAUGGGUGGAGAGAAGUUAGCAGAUGGUGUGAACAUUGCGCCAUUACUAUUCAAAAUGCUUCGUGUGGAGGCCAGCGGGCUCCGAACUCGGGAUCUGGAUUACCAGGAAAAAUUAAGAGAUCUGUUGGUUGAGCAUGCGUUACCAAAGUUCUGUGAUGGAUCGUUCAAAGUUCAUAUAGAGAAGGUUUUUCCAUUUGAGGAUAUAGUGGAAGCACAUCAGUUGUUGGAAGGUAACCAAACAAAGGGCAAAAUCAUUUGCAUGCUAGGGCCCCGAUAA